GAGUAUGCCACUAUUACCGUAUACCACUGACUUUUGCAUCAUUUUUACGUAUUAAAUUAUAGUAGUGUUUCCAGUAUGUUAACUUAUGUUCCAAUGUAAUUCCAGAAUUACCUUUCAUCAUCUGUUAUUAUCUUUCUUGUUUCUAACCAUUUUCACAGGAAGGCUAGAUUUAUCGUGAAGGUACAUUAUGUGGCAUAUAGUACAAAUGAAAUAUCUAAAUAGUUUUAUCCACUUAAGUAUAGAUAAAAUUUAUAAUACGUUUUAUGGAUUCUAAAUUCGGUAAUGUUUCAACAGUUUAUGUAUUUUUGUAAACAUUUCGUACGAUAUCAACAUACGAAGAAUGAUGUAAAAACGAUACGUUUAAUUGGUGAAUAUAAUAAGAUAAUAAUGAAACAAAAGAAACAGCUUAAACUGCUCAGCAGUAUGAAUAACAAUUCAAAGAUACAGGUUGUUGGAAGCGGAGCACCUGGAACACCAGCUUUUAUGAUGUUUUUUACUGAACAAAUUAAUUAUUUGUUUAAUUGUGGUGAAGGAACUCAACGUCUAUGUCAAGAACAUCGUUGUAGAUUAUCUAAGAUGGAUCACAUAUUUUUAACAAGUCUUAAUUGGAAGAAUGUGGGGGGACUAGUAGGUUUAAUAUUAACUGCACAAGAUAAUGGAGUAUCACAUGUAAAUAUUCAUGCUCCUGAAGGAAUAGAAACCUUUGUAGAUACAGUUAAAUCAUUUAUAUCUUUAAAUAAUAUGAAAAUUUCUUACCCUUCUAUCACUACAUCAGAACCAUUUAAAGAUAAUAUAAUGACAAUUCAUUAUGUUCCAUUAACAAAAUCUUUAAAAGAUACUGAGGAAAAUAUAGAUGAAAAUCAAUAUGAAUUAAAUACAAAUGGUAAAAGACUUACAAAUAGUGAAACAAGCAUGGAAAAUUAUAUCAAUACAGGAAAAAGGAUAAAAAUUGCUCCAGAAGUAGUGUGUUAUAUUUGUGAAGUUCACCCAAAACGUGGAAAAUUAUUAAUAGAUAAAUGUUUAGAAUAUGGUAUAGAAGCUGGUCCAGAGAGGAGAUUGUUAAAAGACGGAGGAAGCAUUACUAAAGAAGAUGGAACAGUUAUUGAAAGCAAAGAUGUUUGUGAACCUGAUGGUCCAAAAACUACUUUUAUAGUUAUAGAGUGCCCAAAUGAAGAAUAUAUAAAUUCUCUAGUAAAUCACCCUGCUUUUUCAAAAUAUCAACAACCAAUAAUAAAAGAAGAAAACGAAAUUUGUGCUAUAUUUCAUUUCACUCCGGAAGAAAUUUACAAUGAUGUACGAUAUCAAAAUUGGAUAGAAAAAUUUCCAUUUGAAACAGAACAUAUAAUUUUUAAUGAGGACAAUACUUGUAUGAGUAGUGAAGCUGUUCAUAAAAAUCAAUAUUUGUUACAUAUGUUGCAUUCUGAAAUAUUUCCCUUAUUGAGUACGGAUUGCUUUAAAGAAAAUAAAAAGACAAAAAGUGAUUAUAUUCAUCGUGCUAGAGCACUACAAACAAUAAAAGUACGUCCAGUACUUGAGGCUUUAGUUACUACUGAUAUUCAUCAAAGACAAAGUGUGUACCUACAAGAACUUUAUAAAAUUCCUGACAUUGAAGACAAGUUAAAGGAAUUGAAAAUUGCUAUUGACGCAAAGAAAGAAGAGCUUAAUUUAACUAACACUUCCGAUUAUCCAAAAAUUGUAAUGUUAGGUACUGGUUGCAGUGUGCCAAGUAAAGUUAGAAAUACAAGUGGUAUUCUUUUAAGAAUUGAUGAAGGUACUAGUAUCUUGUUGGAUUGUGGAGAAGGUACCCUUGGCCAGAUAAUUAGGUUUUAUGGAUAUUCAGAAUGUGAUCAAAUUUUACGUACUAUUAAGGCGAUUUAUGUAUCUCAUAUACACGCAGAUCAUCACUUAGGUCUUAUUGGUAUAUUGUUAAGGAGAAAAAAGUUAACAAAUGAUAAAUUAUUUUUACUAGUACCGACGCAAAUAAUGUCUUGGUUGAAUUUCUACAAUAAUCGAUUUCAGUGUAUUUCAGACCAAUAUGCUCUAAUCAAUAAUUAUGAUUUGUAUUUAAACGCCUGUCAAUUGUCUACAUCUUUCCAACUAACAUUAUACAAAACAUUGAACGUUAAAGAUAUUAAUACUAUUUUUGUUAAUCACUGUAAAUAUGCAUAUGGUAUUGCAAUUACCCUAAAAGAUGAUAAAAAGAUUGUUUAUAGCGGUGACACUAUGUUUUGUAGAAAUCUUAUAACAUUGGGUCAAAAUUGUGAUUUAUUGAUACAUGAAGCGACAAUGGACGAUGGUCGUGAAUCUUUGGCAAAACGUAAACUUCAUUCAACGACAUCUGAAGCGAUAAAUGCUGGAAAACAUAUGAAUGCAAAAUUCACUUUAUUAACACAUUUUAGUCAACGUUAUUCAAAGAUUCCUGCUAUUCCAGAACAAGGAUUAAAUGUAGGACUUGCUUACGAUUUUAUGGAGAUUAAAUUACCACAACUACCAUUGUUACCUCUUUUUUAUCCAAGUUUGAAAGUGAUGUUUGAGGUGUAUAAUAAAGUAGAGAAUUGAACAACAGACAUAUACUAAUUUGUGAAUUUUGUAUAUCUUAAACAAUAUAACUUAAACAACAAUAACUUAAACAAUA